AUGCGGCUCACCGCCGACCUCAUCCGGGAUUCCCUAUCCUACCUCAACCCGCUCAAGGAGCGAGAGCUUGAUCUUCGAGGCCACCGAAUUCCCGCGAUUGAGAACUUGGGUGUCGCUGGUCCUCACGAUGCCAUCGACUUCACAGAUAAUGACAUUCAAGUACUGGGAAACUUUCCCUUGUCGCCUCGCAUAACGACCCUUCUCCUCGCACGAAACCGAGUUUCAAGCAUUCAGCCCUCUCUGGCUAAGGCCAUUCCCAACCUUGCCAACCUGGUGUUAUCGUCGAACAACCUGACAGAGCUUGCGGAUUUGGAUGCCCUGGCGUCAUUCCCCCGCUUGACGCACUUGGUGCUGUCGGACAACCCCGUUUCCAAGAAGGAGAACUAUCGAUACUGGGUACUAUGGAAGUGUCCUUCCGUGCGGUUUCUUGACUUCGAAAAGGUUAAGGAGUCCGAGCGGGAGAAGGCUCGCGAGCUCUUCGGAACCGAAGAAGAGCCAACAGCCCUGGCUUCGAAGAUUCAGGGUAUCAAGACCACAACCUUCAACACCUCGACCGACGGCUCGGACGCGCCCUCCAAGCUUUCCCGAAUAAAGCUGACGGACGCCGAGAAGAAGCGACUACAGGAGCGUAUCAAGAAGGCUACCAGCCUACAGGAGAUUAUCGCGCUGGAGAAGGAGCUGAACGAGGGACGUCUGCCUUCUGGUAUUCACGGAGAUGCCAUGGAGGAAUAA